AUGAGUGAUAUGUUUUAGGGUAACAAAAGUGGAGUCUCUUACGGAAGCCAAUUCGAUGCUUUAGGUGCUAGUUUCGGUAGAAUUGCUCCACAAGACAAACAAAGUAUAGGAUCAAAUAAUGGAGGAGGCAGUUUUGCAUAGGUUAAUGUUUCGUUUUUAGUACAACCGGAUCAAUACAGAUCAUCGGUUGGUCUCGAGGAAGGAAACCUUCAAAUUAAAAAGGGGCAUUUUUUAGAAGUAGUGGGGACUUUGAAAUGUAGUUUGAGGAGAUAAGAAUGGAUCGAUUAAAUAUUGAUUAGCAAUAGAAAGUGGAAGAGGAUGCCCUAUAACUGCAAAAAAACAGUUAGAGAUCAUCAAGUGAAUUCGAAAUGA